AUGGCGGCAAGUCGAAGUAAUAGCCCAAUUCGAGACGCGCUACUUAAGUGGCAACGUCAACAGGAUCAAAAACGUCGUGAGAGAACACAAGAGCGGAGUAUAAAUUUUGCUUCAUCGUUAAUUUGUGAUAGUUUGGAGUCUUAUAGACCUAAAGUGAUGUCGUAUUAUGAUGUAGAAGAGGAUACUUUAAUGACAUUUAUUAAGGAACGCGAUGACGAAGAUAGGAGAUUGAGACAAAAGAAUGGAAUGGAAUUUUAUUCACCAGUAAGACCAGAAGAUUAUUCAUUCAAGAAUUCAAGUUCUGGACUUCGUCAGCAUUUAGCACUUUCAAGAAUUAAACCUCCAAUGUCAAAACGAAGACUUGACACGACAGUAAGAAAAUCAUUUGGAAAUGAAAUGAAAACACCUGAAAGAUGGCGAAGAAUUGCAAUGCGAUCGAAAGGGAAGGGAAUUGAGAUGAAAGAAUGGGAUGAAGAAGAUGCACAACAAGCGGAAAGAUUAUUGGAAAAAGCUGCAGAAGAUGAAAAGGAUGAAACACAUUGGAAAGAUUUGUUUCAUUCGACAAAAGUGAAUUGGAAUUUAUCAAAUCAAAGAGUGGAACAUCAAGAUGAAAAGAGGAAGAAUGAAAAGCUACUGGAUGAAAAGAGUUGGAAUUUAUGUCAAGGGAAGCAUAGUGGAAGUGAUUCGAAUGCACCUACUUUACUGUCAUCGUCAGUAGGAGAACACUAUCGGAAAGAGGGAUAUGAUGAUCAUAAAGAGGAAUGUUUAGUUGAUGAAAACGAUAUUUUGAAUGGAAAUCUAGUGACAACACUAUUUCAUAUUGAAAUGUCACGAUUGAAUAUGAUUAUGGUUGUGAUUUGUCUCUUGAUUGGCACAAGUGGGUUCUUUGUGGAAGAAAUUCUGAAUGGUUGUGGCUGGAUCAUGAUUCAAUCGCCUCUUAUGAUUUCAAAAGAAAAUCAAUUACAGAUACGUAAUCGUGUUCAUAGGCUUCAACAAAAUGUUGAGAUGUUUCAACUUUCAACUAUAGACAUGGAUCUCAAAGCCCAAGCGGUUUUAUUGCAAGUACGUCAUCAUAUUAAACAAACGCAGAAAGAUCGCGAGAGGUAUCGAAAUAUACUUGUAGAUGAAAUGCAAGAGAUGCGACAUCAUCUCAUUCAUGUGACGCAAGAGGAAGUGAAAAGAGAACGCAAAUUGAUUCAAUCGCAGCUUCAAGAUCUGGUGAAAAUGGAUCAAGAGAUGAUGCACAAUCAUAUGAAAGCUGAUAAAAGCAUUGAAACAUUGAAAGAAACAAUGGCAAUCCAAGUCGAAUCAAAUGAUGUGAUAGAGGACACUUUAAAAGAUCAACAGAUUGAUUUAUUACCGCUAGAUCACGCUAAAACCUUGGCUUCUAUUCAGCAAAACGACGAUGUUUCAGUUUCUUUUCGAGAAUUACCAAAUGAUCAAAACAAGUUUCAAUCUCAACUUGGCGAAAAAUUGGUGUUAGAUAAGUCACAACUGAAUGUUGAAUCGAAGCUCUCGGCUCACGUUGAUGAGAUUAUGAUCAAAAGUAAACAAAGUGUAGCAUCUUCGAUCUCUGAUCAAGUUAAACCUGAGACUGCUGAUGAUUCUCAAGCAAAAGUCGUUGCGACUGGAAUGACACUAGAUGGAUUUAUCCUACUGAUAGGCAGCAUACUUCUAGUAGUUUGUGUCUUAUCUCGUGUAUACAAUGUUUAUCGUCACAAGAAAUGGUUAGAAAAGCGUCGAAAGCGAAGGAAUCAACGAGCUUUGCUACGAGCUCAGCAACGUGCACAGGCUAUGGCAAAAUUCAAAGGUGAUAGCGAUGCUGCCGACUCUUGUAUUGAAGAAGUUUGUCUAAUGACACCAGAGCACGAUAAUGAAGAAUUUGAAUCUCCGCUCUCUAGAUAUAACGUUGAGAGCGACGGUUUGAAUCAAAGACAACAAAUGUAUCAUUCUCCUGUGCCUCGCCACCGAAAUUCUGAGCGACCGUGGACUAGCACACCAAAGAGUUUAAAUCGUGGAGUAACCGAUCAACAAAGUCCUUGGCAACGUCGAAAACGCCACGUCCAGGACCGACGUAUUUAA